UGAUGGUGGUCGUCUAGACGAGUUGCGCACUGUGACGCGCACACGGUGCGAUUGUUGUGUUUGUUUCGUGCGGCAACCCCACUGUAUGUGGCGCCGGCCUAGGGGAUGAGAAAUCGAAUCGGAGUGAUUGUGUGUCGAUUCGAUUCACCUUUAGAAUCACCACCACCACUAACACCAACAAUGGUGGCUCUGGUGGUCUCUCCGACGCAGUUACGAAUCGGCUUUACUCAUCAGUCAGUCGUUUGAGUCGCGUCCGCGUGGUUGCUAGCGCUUGCGUGAAGCUAUCUGCGUUGUUCUUUACACUGGUGUUCUUAUUAUUUGAGCCGCAUUAGUUGCUUUUGUGUAUGUGUGUGUAUGUGCGCGCCUUGUUUUCAAGGAGUUUCUUCCGGCGCCUUAACAUGUGCCUAAUGAGCUACGGUGGUGCUUAACACAACAAAAAGCUAAAAAAAGGAAAAGUGAAACGACGUUUGUGCGUUUGUGGCGUACACAGCCAACCCCCCCUUGCUGCGGGUGUAUGAAGAAGAUAGUUGUUCGCUGUCUAGUGUUAUCCGGUGGAGCCAUACCAGGACCCGGAAGUUUUGAUGUAAACCCCGCGUCGCACACUGUUUCGCACCGUCCGCGCUAACGGAGCUGGCAAAAUUCGGCCCACACCGCUACCGUUACCACCCGUGAGCAUGAGCGUCGUGGCCGUCGUUGCGGUGGCCUAUCGAUACACUUGGAAUCGCGAGAUCGUGUUCAACUCCCAGAAGCUGGUGAAGAGACGACUGGUGUGCUGCUGCUGUCCCGAGCUCGCUGCUGCUGCCGUCUGAAUUCGUUUGCGAGUUUGAAUUUCGGGAAACCCAUUGCGCCAUUGGUAUUGGAGGGAUCCAGACAGUUAAACACGAAACAAAAAACAUUAUAAACGCUUGAGAAGCUUGAGAAGCGCACAAUAGCACAAUCAUAAUAUUAAUAGCUCUCUUUGCGAUUUGUUUUUAAGGGCAUUUGUUUUUAAGUUAGACGGCAUUAUUCCCAAUCUCUUAUCCAUUCAGUGCUUUACGAAAAUACGAGGCACAAUAGAAGAAGAAAAAACAACGAAAACACAAGUAGAAGGAUACGGAAAGGUUGAAAAGCUCUAGCGAGAAGGACUUGCCAAAUUGGAAUUGCCAAAUUUUUACUACGAAACCGUUUAUAUACUCACCCACACGCAGAGACGUGCCGGCGACGCACUGAGUGGCGCGCUUUCUGGUGUCUCAGUUUUUUUGGUAGGCAACACAAUAUAUCUGUGAUCAAAAAUUGCUGUGCUGUAUUUUUGUUUAUAAAUAAUUCUCAUAAUACUUUGUUUGCUCGUUUUAUUUGUUUUUUUUUUUUUUGUUAACGUACCUUGUUAGUGAGUGAAUCAAUCUCGAUAUCGGAAUAACCGGGUGUUUGAACGGCCCUGGUACGGCCCUUCAACAGAGCACUGCUUUUCCGUUCGUUAUCCUUUUCUUUUUUAGUUUUGAACGGAAUAUUUGAUAUUAGCACAAACAUAGUAGAGGAGGAGCUUCCUGGAGAUAGUCGAUUGUGAAAUUCUGGUGUGCCCAUAUUUUCGAAUCCCUGGUGGAAUAUAGUAAGCUUAGCCUAAAAUUAAGAAAGUCGAAGUUUUUUUUCCUCCCAACUACCUUUUUAGCCGUAUAGGAUACGAUUGUACGAGAUUAAUUUUAGCUAAUAGUUGCAGCGUUUUGUACACGCAUAAAUUGAAUUGCCAUUGUUCUUUGGCGUUGGAGAGUCGACAGGAAGUAGUAAAACAGACAAUUAAAGCUCGUACACCACUCAAGAAGCCACUCGAGAAGGGUCUAGACAUCGGCAGACGUUCAACUGCCAAACGUGAGCACAAAUCGCCUUCACUCUCGUACCGGGUGAAAGGGAACGUCGGUUAGAUACAGAGUAGUAGAACGUACACAGCUAUAGUCAGGUUCAGAAAAACAGCCCCAAGCAUAAGGAGGACUAGGGUUUUGUAUUUUAAGUCAGCGGCAGCAGCAGCAACAAAGCUCCAACAAAUCAACCACGCAGAAAAUCGAAACCAGCCUUCGUCCUAGAAAUGAAUGUCUACGAUCUAUGCUACGAUGACAAGCUGAAGAUACCGUCGAGCGAAUCCGUGCUGCUUGGUAGCUUGGUAGGUCCGCUGCCGACCGUUGUGGAGGAUGAAUUUUACGAUUUUCCGCUGCAAUCGGAGGCGAAGGCCGCCGUACCCCAGGCCAGCGGUCCCGAAUCGCUGAUGGAGUUCGACUGUGUGUCCGGCAGCAUGGAGCUGAUGAACCAUCUGACACCGCCGCAAACGCCGCCCCAAACGACGUCCUUCGGUGGUGUCGUUGGUUGCGUCCUUCCAAUGCAACCGUCGUCACUGCACGCUGUCCCGGUGCCGCAACAACAGCAGUUUCAGCAGUUGUACGCUGCACCACAGCCGAAUGUGCAGUCAUUGCUGCAGCAGCAACAGCAGCAGGUAUCCUUCCAGGGUGCCAACGUUACCACCACCACCGAUUACUACAUCAUGGACGAGUACUCUACCAUGGCAUCGCAGCAGAUCGGAGCUGGUGGCAACAUGCAGCAGCAGCAACAGCAGGCAGCUGUACCGAUGGAACCACUGCAGCAAGUACCCGAUGACAUCGGUACCACUUCGUUCAACUUCGACCUAAACUACACUCCGCAGCAGUUGAGCGAGAUGGCAAAAAUCAUGCGCAGCCUGCAGCUCCCGCUGGAGAUGGAGGAGGACCGGUCGUACCACGAUGACGAAUCGUGCGGAUUUUCCGAGGUCGGAUCGAUCGAGAAUGGUGGUGAUUCGUUGUCGUCGGGCUCGUCGGCAUCCUCGAUGGUUGCCCCCCAUUCGCCCGUCUACAGCGAUUCGGCCGAAUCGUCCGCGUACUACGGCAGCCGCAGCAACGAUGGUGACGACGAGGACUGGAGCCCGUCGAAAGUGAAGAAGCUGAACGCACGCAAUGGCGGUGCCGUUAUGAAGAAGCGAUCGACCGGUAACGGCAGCAGCGGUGGCCGUGGUAUCGAGGAGAAAAAGUCGCGCAAAAAGGAGCAGAACAAGAACGCUGCGACGCGCUACCGCCAGAAGAAGAAGGCCGAAAUCGAAGAGAUUCUUAUUGAGGAGGAGAAGCUGCGCGAAAGGAAUGAGGAGCUGAAGAGCCGAUCGCAGGAUCUUGGGCGCGAGAUAAGCUGCAUCAAGAAGCUGAUGCGCGAGUUUUGCCGCAACAAGGGUUUGCUGUAGGGUCUCUCUCUCGCACCAUUAAUACAAACACAAAAAUGCAAACCACACAUCGUUUAAUACAGUAAGAGUAAAGCAAUAUAAAAUCGAGGAUGUAAUAAUCUGCUGUCAAUUGCAGUCAAGGAUAUCCGGGUGCAGCUCUGAAAAAUGAAAAAAAAAAACCUUUAAAAUACUUACAUUCACGUACCUUCUUGUAGAGACAGAGCGAUACAGUUUAGUAAUCGUCGUUAAUACGUAUGUCCUGUCGAUCCAAAGCGUCCGCCGAGCUACUACUAUCGUAGCGGUGUUUGAUCACGUCGGCGAACCGGCGGAGAUAAGAUGCCGCGUCUGUAGACGGUGGAACAUUGGAUGCAUUAGUUUUUAAAGCUAAACAACCAUACCUUCAUUCCUUUCUCGGACGGCAAGAAUAAUGCGCGUAUAUGCCCCCGGUCCGUGCUGAAAAGCGAGACCCAUUUUGUUAGAGGAACGGUCGUGAGAAGUCGAAGAAUCUUAGCAGAGAAUGAUGAAGUUAGGGUUGGCGUGUUAGCAGCAUUGAGCAUGCGUUCAGACAGGUGACAGGCCAAUUGCACUAUCCAACUGAGAGCCAACACCCACGUUUGCACGUGAUGCGUAAUGCAGCAGCCCGCCCCUGUCUGUCGCUUGUUCUAUCGAUCCAUUCUCACUACACCAUUGCAGUUAAUCGUAAGGAAAGUCGAGCGAAUGGUUUCAGAAAUCGGAAUCGGAAUACAUCAUCGCUGGUGGACGUUAUUUUAGCCGUACAACCGCAUACCACGUGUUGGGUACCGUAAUUUUAUUAUUUUAACUUCGUGUACCGCUGUGCCAGAUGAACGAGACACCGGACGCGAACCGGACCGGGCUAUCUGUGUAUGACGCGCAGUGUGAUGCUGGGCCGAAGCUCUGCAGAAACGCGGUACGGUUCACGCGGUGUCUACGUGUUGGGAGCACUGGGCAGGAUCGUAUUGAACUUUGGUUAACAUAUAAGUGCAGGCGCAAUAACAUAAAAAAAUUGUAAAAAGGAAACUUAUUUUUUUCUUUCGGACACAAGAGGAAAAACAGACCCCCACAUUCACCAUUCACCAUAGUACGUUCAUUUGUAUUUCAUGUUUUUAUUAACUAAUAAGGCACAAAUCAGGCAGACUAAAUUCAAUACGAUGUGUGUGCGUGACACAGAAAGGAUAAAAUGAAGAUCACAGAAAAUAAAACCCCGUAUAUAUAUUCUUUUUUAAA